UAUCCACGUAAGCGCAUGUGCACAACGAAAGGUGAAGCAGAUAGAUGGCAUUCGAGCUAAAGUUAGGUCAAGGAUAAACACAGAUAAGACCUAUUGAUAUUUUCAACGUAUUUUAUUGAUUCAUGUUUGCAAGAAGGGGAUAUUCUUCAACGCAUUUAAUUAAGUUUUGCAAGUGAAUAACAGAAGAGGGAGAGGCCCAACAGGAUGGCCAGUGUGCUCUGUAGCAGAGCCAGGCUGGUGACUUACCUGCCAGCUCUUCAUGUACUGGUCCGGCGGAUUGCUGGAACCAACCAGAGAACAUUCUCUGGUGCUGGAUCAUCUGGCUCUGAUGAGCCUCGUGUAGCCACCACACCCCCUGACCUUGGACCCAGGACAGUUUGGCCAGAUGAUAGUAUGGGUCCGUUCGGGCCUCAGGACCAGCGCUUCCAACUGCCAGGUAACUCAGGCUUUGACUGCCACCUGGAAGGCACAGCAGAACAGAAGAUUAAUGGCCCAGUCCACCGGACAGUCCCCGACGUGCUCACUGCUCCCUCCAGCUGCGAGAGGCAUGAGUUCAUUCUUGCCCAAUUUGUUGGCGAGUUCCAAGGGAAAGAGGCUGAUCCCCCGGAACAAAUAGUCAACAGAGCAGAACAGUACUUUGAUAACUCCAAUGUAGAGUGUGCGAUACAGUCUUGCCCUGAGCUGCUGAAGAAAGAUUUUGAGUCAAUGUUCCCUGAGGCCCCUAACAAUGGCAUGACGGUUGUCACGGUGACCCAGAAGACUCAGAACGACAUGACGGCGUGGUGUGAGGAGGUGGACAAAGAGAGGGAGUUGAUGCUAGACAAAUUUGUUGCCGGUGCCAAGGAAAUCUGUUAUGCCCUGAGGACAGAAGGCUUCUGGGCUGACUUCAUAGACCCAUCCUCAGGCCUGGCAUUCUUUGGGUCGUACACCAACAACACACUGUUUGAGACCGACGAGAGGUACCGUAACCUGGGCUUCAGCAUCGAGGACUUGGGCUGCUGCAAAGUCAUCCGCCAUGCAUUGUGGGGGACGCAUGUUUUCGUGGGGACAGUUUUCACCAGCGCACCUCCCCAUAGCCUUAUCAUGAAGAAGCUGCAAGGGAACUAAACCUGAAUGAUGGGAGAGUGUCUGGUAUGUGGUUGCUAUUAAACGUUGACGUGUCAAGGCUCUUUACACAGCCCUUAACUACUAUUUGCUUUUUCUUUGUACUUCACAUUUGUAUAGAAACCUUCAAAAUAGUAUGGUACACCGAUAUUGUGAAAUACCCACAACCAUGAUCCCUGACAGUUUUACCAUGAUAAUAUAUUUAUUUUCAGCAUCUCUAUUCUGUUCCUUUAGUGUAUUGUGGUUGGCCUGAUUGAAAAGGGUCUCUCUUGCAAAAUAGAUUUUUUAUCUCAAUGAGAUUUAGCUGUAUAAAUAAAAGUUCAAUUGAAUGUGAAAUAGAAGGUGGAUGAAAAAUCCACUCACAUUGUCUUUGGGUAUUUUUUUCUUUUCAUGAUGGGGUAAGUGACACUGCUUCUUCAAAGUCCAAUAUCUUGGACUUGACUGCUGACAUAUAAAAUAUAUUGUGACUGUAUUAACAAUGGACAAAAUAUAGUUUGAGUGGAUUUCCCCAUUUAAGGGUGGAUUGACUCUGCCCAGAUGAGAUUUUCAUAGUAGACUCAAUCCUGCAGCUAGAUAAGAAAAACAUGGGGACCUGCUGUUGCCCUUGACUUGGGUUGAUAAACCCCCAUUUUUAUCAAAAGGUAAGAAUUUAGCUUUUCUGAUGUCAUGGGGUUAAUCUCGAGCUCUUAUUUGAUCCGCGUUGCCUUCAGAAUAGAGACCUCAUGUCUGGUUCACAGGUCCUGAGAUCCAGUUAACCCCUUGAAUCCUUGAAUAUUGUACUUGUGACCGUAAUCAAUUCACUUGUCUAGAAGUGGGCGGCAGCACUUGUCUCUGUCACUUUACAAGAUGAACUGUUUUUAAAAGGGUCUGUGAUUCUUGUGGCAGCUUUUGUCCUGAGGUCCACACAUUAAAUGCAAUAAAACACA